CUCUGCUAUCAUACAAUGUUGUCACAGCUACUGCUUUACAACGUUAUAGCUGCCGUUCUCAUUUUUGAAGCAGAAACAUUGACAUUUAUCACAGUGUGAUGGUUCGGUAGCUACAACCGUGACUUAAGUAUUUGAUUUAUAAUGAAUUUAUCUACCGUAGAAAGCAGAGGAUAAUCUGUCAAUUUCACUCAAAAGUUUCCAGCGAGCUAGAAAAAGUUCAAAAUGAGCUCUCAAGAUGUGCUGAAGGAUGCGUCCACAUUAGCAUCGUAUAAUGUGUUGCUACAGGUGAUGUUCCGGGUACUCACCUUCUUAUUGAAUGCAUUCACACUACGGUUUGUGUCCAAAGAGCUGAUUGGUGUUGUCAAUGUCAGGCUCACACUUCUCUACUCCACAUUAGUAUUUUUAUCCAGAGAGGCUUUCCGGAGAGCGUGUCUGAGUAGGGGAUCAGGGGCAAACCACAGCUGGAGACAAGUUAUUAACCUGCUGUGGCUGACGUUGCCUCUUGGUGUAUUAUGGGCAGCCUUGCUGACCUGUGUGUGGCUGUGGCUCCUGGAGGCCCCAGAUCCUCAGACCAUACCUUUCUAUGGCCCUGCUGUGGUGUUGUUUGCCUUUGCAGGAGUGCAGGAGCUCCUGGCUGAGCCCCUCUGGGUCCUGGCUCAAGCUCACAUGUUUGUACGACUGAAGGUGGCCGCUGAGAGCUUAGCAAUGAUUGCUAAAUGCAGUUUAACAGUUGUGCUGGUGGUAACUUCACGUGAAUGGGGCCUUUACAUCUUCUCUGCUGCUCAUUUGGUGUACACAGGAGUUCUGGUGCUGUGCUAUGCUGUUUACUUUCUUCGUUUCUUGGGGUCUAAAGAGGCGACCAAGAAGGGUUUUCCUUUACAAAGUGUUGGAGAUCUGCUGCCUCACAAAACUGAUGGAAAGCCACUGGUUGAUUGGACUUUGGCUCGACUCACGUGGAGCUUCUUCAAGCAGUCCUUCCUGAAGCAGAUCCUGACGGAGGGUGAGCGUUACGUCAUGACCUUCUUGAACGUCCUCAGCUUUGGAGACCAGGGUGUUUACGAUAUAGUUAAUAAUCUGGGCUCCAUGGUGGCGCGCUUCAUCUUCUUGCCUAUCGAGGAGAGCUUCUACAUCUUCUUUGGCAAAGUGCUGGAGAGAGGCCGUGAUGCCAAAAGCCAAAAACAGGAGGAUGUUACUAUAGCAACAGAAGUCCUGGAGUGUCUGCUGAAACUGGUGCUGGUGAUUGGUCUGAUCAUCACAGUAUUUGGCUACGCCUACUCUCACUUGGCUCUGGACAUUUAUGGCGGCUCUCUGCUGAGUAGUGGGGCAGGUCCCUCUUUGCUGCGAUGCUACAGCUGCUAUGUCCUCCUGCUAGCUGUAAAUGGUGUAACCGAGUGUUUUGUAUUUGCGGCCAUGAGCCAAGAAGAGGUUGACAAGUAUAACCUGGUGAUGCUGGCUCUGUCUGUGUCUUUCCUGCUCCUGUCCUACAUGCUGACAUGGUGGGCAGGGGGUAUUGGCUUCAUACUAGCCAACUGUCUCAACAUGGGUCUCCGCAUCUCACACAGCCUGCUUUACAUACAUCGCUACUUCCAGUCCACUCCAUGGAAACCUCUGCGAGGCCUAUUGCCUUCCCCGUUCCUAUUGCUGGCACUGGCUGUCAGUGGAGUAAUCACAGCAGUGUCUGAGGGUUUUUUCUGUUGUGACGAUGGCUGGUUGCUACGCCUGGUCCAUAUCUGUGUGGGAGCAGUGUGUCUGCUCUGCGUACUUGUAACUGUUCUUCUCACAGAGACUCGGCUCAUUCAGUUCGUGAGGACUAGGCUCUUGCCCCAGUACAGAAAAAAACACACAUAAAUUAAAUGGGGAAAUGAUUUUACUGAACUGGAAGAAAUCUACAAACAGCAGCUG